AUGGGCCCGGCCCCCGGCCGAGCUUCCGGGCGGGCAGAACCGCCGUCACUGCUCCCCACUCAGCUCCUGCUCCCCAAGUACACAGGAGGCCAGCAGGCCCUGCACGGCUGUCCCCACAACGUCCUUGUCCCAGCACGGACAGAGAUGUCACUUCUCAGUGGGGCUAGACGACAGGCCCACACGUUAACUCCAGAAAGCUCGUCUGUACGAGGAACCAGGGUCACAGCGACGGGGGCAGUCCAGCAGCAGCGGCCCGAGGUGACCAGAGCCCGGGUGCUGCCACAGGGAAGCCGAGCACAGCGGCACGCACAGUCUCAGUUGUACCUCAAGUUGUUUGAGACGGCGUCGUGUGUUCGCAUGACCAAGGAUGCUUGCUUCCAGGGCAUGUUUCCUGGGUAUGGAGUGAACAGCAUUCAGCCAGAAUGCCGACUCCACCUGGAAAUACGGGAGGAAGAGACGAGGUGCACAGAGCAGCUGAGGGCCCAGUCGGAGACGCACAAAGCCUGCAGGGGCGUCUGGGACAACAUCACGUGCUGGCGUCCUGCAGACCUUGGGGAGACCGUCACGGUGCCCUGCCCCACGGUGUUCGGCCACUUUCACAGCAAACCAGGGAAGAUCAGCAAGAACUGCACGAGUGACGGGUGGUCGGAGACGUUCCCGGGCUUCGCAGACGCGUGCGGCUACGAGGACCCCGAGGACAAGAUCACGUUUUAUGUUCUGGUGAAGGCCAUUUACACCCUGGGCUACAGCGUCUCUCUGAUCUCCCUUGCAACGGGGAGCAUAAUUCUUUGCCUCUUCAGGAAGCUGCACUGCACCCGGAACUACAUCCACCUGAACCUGUUCCUGUCCUUCAUCCUGCGGGCCAUCUCGGUGCUGGUCAAGGACGAGGUGCUGUACUCCAGCUCGAGCACGCUGCACUGCCCGGACCAGCCGUCCUCCUGGGUGGGCUGCAAGCUGAGCCUGGUGGUCUUCCAGUACUGCACCAUGGCCAACUUCUACUGGCUGCUGGUCGAGGGCCUGUACCUGCACACGCUGCUGGUGGCCGUGCUCGGCCCCCGCCGGCACCUGCUUGCCUACCUCCUGAUCGGAUGGGGCGUCCCCACGGUGUGCACAGCUGCGUGGACUGUGGCCAGGCUCUUUGUAGAGGACACAGGCUGCUGGGACAGCAACGAACACAGUGGCCCCUGGUGGGUGAUACGAAUUCCGAUUCUCUUUUCUAUCGCGGUCAAUUUUGUCCUUUUCAUCAGCAUUGUACGAAUUUUGCUGCAGAAGUUGACGUCCCCAGAUAUCGGGGGCAACGAGCAGUCACAGUACAAGAGGCUGACCAAGUCCACCCUGCUGCUCAUCCCCCUGUUCGGGGUCCACUACGUGGUCUUUGCCGUGGUUCCCAUGGGCAUCUCCUCCAAGUACCAGCUCACGUUUGAGCUGUGUGUCGGGUCCUUCCAGGGGCUGGUGGUGGCAAUUCUCUACUGCUUCCUGAACAGUGAAGUGCAGACCGAGCUCAGAAGGAAGUGGCGGAGCUGGUGUCCAAGCCGGGCUUCCAGCCGCGGGGACAGACUGUCCAUCUCCAGGACCGGCUUGGAGGGCGCCCUGCACCUCCACCACGGCUCCUGCACUGCGUCCUUCCUGCAGACGGACACCUCGGUCAUCUAAAGGGCCCGCCGGGUCUCGGGGGCGCCCGGUGGGAUCAGCGCCAGCUCCGGGGGGCGGCCUUGGCUUGCCCCAUGCAGAUGGGGGCGCCUCAUAACUGACGGGACUUUAACUGCUGUACAGCUGUGGCCUUCAGCCGAUUCCAUCCCUGACACACCAUUUUCAAGGAGACUAGUGGAGACGGAGCGGCCCAGGCUCUGGGGGCCGGGACAGGGGAUGUCUAACGCCAGCGCCUGUUCCUGGGAGCAGCUGGCCCGGCUUGACGAGAAGAGGCGACCUCUGCCUGCGUGACCCGCACCCCGGCCCCUCUUGUCUGAAGGACUUGAGCAUGGAAGCCAGCUUGGGAUGCCCUGAAACCCCUCUUCACGCCAGGGGGACCCACCCCUCCUGGGAACCCCCCCACCCCCACCCCUGGUCCCGCUCACACCUCAGCCCCGGGCUCUGCUCUCCCUGCCUCUGCACCCAGAGAGCCGGCCCGGCCCGAGCAGGGCGCCCAGCGGGUACCAGGGAGCAGCAGGGAGCAGCGUGUCAGCCCCUCGAGGCGCCUGUGCCCCUUGUCCACCGAGCAGACGCCAUGCGGCACCGCAGCCCCUCCACCCAGCAGGCCUGCUCCGUGCCUCCAGGAGGCCCCUGGUCCCCCAGCCACUGGACACGGCGUUUCAUCUGGUGGGAACAGGAACCUAUUCUCUUUUUAAUGAAAAUACUCUUACAGUCGUUUUUGUUUAAACAGAGGAUUAUUUUAAAACAGUAUAAAAAGGUACCGAGCAUGUCUGUCCCUUGUCAGCAAAAGGCAGUGCUGGCUUCCAGUCCCCUCGGGCUGCAAACCUGGAGGCGGGGCUGGGGUGGCUGAGUGGCUCAGAGGACUGGGCAGAGAGUGGACGCCAGUGACCCACACGGUGCCGGGGCCACUUGUGGCACUGGCUGGCGCUCUGCUCAUUGUCCCCGAUAUCUGGGGACAUCAACCCCAAGGCCAGGCCUCCCCCGCUGCACCUCGUUCUCUGCCCACUUACAGCGCUGGUCCCCUGGGAACAAAGCCACGCGGCUUCUUCCUGUGCACCGCAGGCCCUGGCACGGUGCCGGUGACUGGCGUGCAGGGCAGAGGGCCGCAUGGGCCAGGGAGUGGGGUGGACGUCCCCUCCGUGGGGCAGCACGGCGCUGUGUCCACACCACCCAGAGCGGGCCCCACUCCGCUGCCUGGCUGUAACCAGAGCCAUGUGGCCGACUGGACAGCCAGACCGAGUCUAGCUGGAGCCAUCAGGGGUGCUUGGGCACUGGACGUGCAUGGGGACCCUGACGAGGUCACUGCCGUUUCCGUCGGCUGGCGUUCUCAGAGGCCGGAAGGGCCAUGCUUUCCAGGGAAGGGAAGAUGUGCUGGGAAGUGGAUACUUACUGGAGGUGACCAGGUGACCACGGAGUCGACAUGCCUUUUAAAAUGUCCGUGUGCAUGUCGCCACAUGCGAACACUUCAGUGAAGUCUGCUUUCGUUCCUGGACGCGAGUGAGAAGCCACGCCGUUGAGUGCGUGCCCGUGACAUCCGUGGGGGGAGGGGGUGCCUGGCUCGUCCGUGGCCUUUGGAAACAGCCCCCACAGGCAUCUGUGCACCUGACAGGACACUUACUGGAGCGGCCAGCGAUGGUGGACGUCCCUGCAGUGGGCACCCUGCACUCGGCACCCAGCGCCACAGAGCCCGAGAGCCUGCGCACGGGGCAGGCUGAGCACGCGUGUGCAUGUGUACCUGUGUGCAUGUGCGUGUCCCCAUGUGUGUGCAUGCACUUCCAUGUGUGCACUGUGUGCAUGUGUGCACGUUUCUGUGUGUGUGUGCCUCGUUUUCACCACAGGCAGAUAAACCCUGUUUCUAAUAAACUGCUUCGUUUCAAGAGGGACAUGAAAAUCCAGCUGCGGGAGGCCCACAGGCCUCAUCCCCGCCAGCAUCUCGUCCCGGUGCUUCAGGAGCAAACUGGGGACACCUGACAGCACGAGCCGGGUAGGGACAGGGGCGAGGGCCCCUCCUGUCCGUGGAAACAACAAGAACAUUCCCUUCUUAGUGGAAACGCAGGUUUAAAUGGCUUUUUGUCAGGUCACAAACGAGGCAGAGGAGUUCUGAAACCUCAGUCCAACAGGCCCCGGAGGGACGGGCUGAGCCCAGGGUCCAGCGCCCCUCCCCCUCUGCAGGCCGGUGCCAGAGCGAUGCACAGGGUCCCGUUUCCCUGGCUGAGCAAACCUCCCGCCCUCUGCCUCCUCAUGGAAACGAGG